CCCGACGAGGCGCCCGCGGUGCGAGCUGCCGCGGCGGAGCUGCGGAGCAGAGCCGAGGCGGACCGCAGCCAGCCCUGGCCGCUGCCUCUCAGCGACUCCUUCCUGCUCAGGUUCCUGCGGGCCCGCGACUUCAACCUGGAGCUGGCCUGGAGGUUAUUGAAGAACUAUCACAAGUGGAGAGCUGAAUGCCCAGAAAUAACUGCAGAUUUACAGCCAUCUUCUAUUCUCAAUCUCCUGCGUGCUGGUUACCAUGGAGUUCUGCGAUCGAGAGACCCACAUGGCAGCAGAGUUCUGAUUUAUAGGAUUGGACAAUGGGAUCCCAAGAUGUUUACAGCAUAUGAUGUGUUUCGCGUAAGUCUUAUUACAUCAGAGCUCAUCGUAAAGGAGACAGAGACACAGAGGAAUGGAGUCAAGGCAAUUUUUGAUCUUCAAGGGUGGCGAUUUGCUCAUGCAUUUCAAAUCUGUCCGACAGUGGCCAGGAGGAUUGCUGCCGUGGUCACAGAUUCCUUUCCACUAAAGGUUCGUGGCAUCCACUUGAUUAAUGAGCCUUUAUUUUUCCACCCUGUCUUCAGUCUAAUUAAACCUUUCCUCACUGAAAAAAUAAAGGAACGGGUACACAUGCAUGGCAGCAAUUACAUACAGAGCCUGACUCAACACUUUCCAGCCAGCAUUCUUCCACAGGAAUAUGGAGGGGAGGAAGUCUCCAUUGAAGACCUUGCUCAGGAGUGGACUGACUUUAUAAUGGAAUCCGCAGAGUAUCUUCAGAGUAUUUCUCUUGUGUCCCAGUGAACCAAACAUACAAAAAUAACAUCUCAGUUUUUAGGUUGCUCAUUAAAAUAGAGAGCAGCAGUUAGUUCCUUGCAUUCAACUGCAAUCAGAAAAAAAAUGUAAUCAGAUGUCUUUCAUGUAAAUUUGAAAUGAUUGUAAACAAGACAUUGGGAGCUGUAAUGCCCCAGUGACUGCAUUCUUAUGUUAGCGUGAAGAGAUCAAGUAUUUACAUCUCUGGACUAAAAGUUUCAUGAGUUUCACAUUUAGUGGGAUAAUAUGCACUACUGUUUGUAACAGAUUAAAUUAUAUGCCUAGAGGCUGUAUAAUGCUACAUGUAGGAUAUUGCAGAGAUCAAUAUUCUUCUAGAUAUGUCCUCAUGGAGCACUAAUCUGUGAUGGUUCAAUAUAGACCAUAUGUUUAGCUCUUGCAUUAAGACUCAUCAAGUUGAUGAGGGGCUAAGAUAAAGAGCCAAAUGAUUUCAAGAACUGCAGAGCCAUCCUGAUUAGAGCAAAACAGUUUGGCUUGGAUGCAGGAUUAUACAAAGCAGUGAUUUUUUUUUCUCAGGGCUCUUGUCUAUCUGAAGGGGGGGGGCCAAGAAGGGAUGGUUUUUGGACUGAUUCUCAGGGAAACUGUUUUUCAUUCAGUUUGCCCAGCUGGGCCUGCACAGUUUGGAUGGUGUUUAGUCUGCAGUGGUGGAACACUGCUGUGCCAUCCGCUGCAAUGAGCAGCUCCUAUCUGUGGGAGUACUUGAGAUGAUAACCUAACACUGUGAAGGGAGAAUGGGGAAAUGCAACUUAAAUGCUGUGGAAAGACAAUGUAAAUCAGAAAGCAGGAGGUAUAAAUAAAUUGAGAUUUGAAACCUGAUGACUGAUUCUCCCUCUAACAGACCAUCUCUUGGGGAAUUUACAGAGCAGUUCCCUAUGAAGUAGUAAAUACCUUUAACUUCCUUUCAUUCCUGUUUUCCUGAUCUCCUGCUGUUUUCCUUUUCACUAACAGCCUCUUUUCUACCUUGUAUUCUAUCACUGUAAUGCCUCCCUUCAGCCCUUUUCCCCCACUGCUCUCUUCCCCCUCC